UCGUUAGUCUACAUAGUCAAGACUUCCAGAGUAGGAAUUAGAGAUCUCUAAGGAAUCUACUGUAGGUGACUCACUCAGCCGAACUCAGUCAAGACUCAUACCUGUUUUUAGUGGGAUGUUAUACACUUUCAGCACUCGUUUGGCUAAAAAUAGAGUUGAAAAAUGUGUGCAGUUGCAAAUUAUUUCAGAGAAAUAAUUAUAGGUAAUACAAUGAUAAAAAAGAUUCUUGAAAGUAUAUAGAUGCAUCAUGAAAAGUCGGUGCCACUGACAGUGUUUCAGGUUAGAUAUCAAGCAACGUCAUGAUAUAGGUAAGCCAUGGAAAACAUAAGGGUUACUAUUUAUUUCUGAGAUUCCAGUUCCCAUUUACGUAGCGCAUACUCCACGUGAUCCGUGGUUUGGGAGACUUGCUGAUAUCCUGCUAUAUGCUACUGCUUUUUCAUUGAGACAGCAGUUGCGGCGCGCGAGUAGCCUAGCUCUGCGAGAGACUGGGGCACUCUGUCUUUGAAAUAAGACUGUUGGCGUUAUUAGGAUACUUACAAGUCAAAAACGAAAUGCUACCUUUUAAUUUCAUUAGAUAACAGGAACGAUUGGGCAAGUUAAAGUUCAUGGACUCUUAAUAAUAACAUUUGCUGAGGAUUUGACACUUCAGCCACACGUGAAACAGUAGCCACAAGAGAAUUGAGAAGAGCUGAACACUUCCCAUCUUCCUGUGACUCUUAGUACCCCCCCCCCCCAACACACACGCACGUGCUCACACUCAAGAUGAGUGCCAAGGCAGCCAUCAACAAGGAGGUGUUCACUCCCCAUGAUGAGAAGAUGCUGGCAGCCGUGCAGGUGAAGAGGAGGACCAAGAAGAAGAUCCCUUUCCUGGCUACUGGAGGACAGGGUGAUUACAUGACCUUCAUUUGCCUCUCAGUGACAAAUAAGAAGCCAGUCCAUGUAUCCAUCACAAAGGUGAAGCAGUUCCCAGGCUCCACAUCAUUCGCUAAGAGGUCAAUGUGGACCAUAGACCAGCUGAGACAGGUCAAUGGCUGUGACCCUAACAGAGACUGUCCAGAGUUUGACUUGGCUUUCGAUACCUUUGACCAGUGGGUGGCUGGCUCGGCCGGCGAGAAGUGCACCUUUAUCCAGGUUCUCCAUCACACCUGCCAGCGUUACAGCUCACAGAGCAAGCCAGAGUUUGUCAACUGUCAGUCCAAAACUUUUGGAGGGAACAGUAUACUCCAUUCUGCGGCGGACAGUGUGACCAGUGCUGUACAGAAGGCCAGCCAGGCGCUGAACGAGCGAGGGGAGCGGUUAGGCCGGGCGGAGGAGAAGACAGGGGAGAUGAAGAACAGUGCAGAGCAGUUUGCCGUCACUGCGCACAAGCUCGCCAUGAAGCACAAGUGUUAAACAAUUGCCAAACCUUCUGAGGGAAGGCUCUGCCAAGCGUGCCAGAUGCCAUACACAGGAUGGAUUUUUUUUUUUUUUUUACAACUUUCAAUAUACUCAUGUUAACAAAAGUUACAUUACCAUUUUAUUUCAUGUACCUUGUUUCUAAUGAAGAUUUGAUGAUAAGGAGGGAGAAGUAAAAGAAAACUGCUAUAAGAGCUAACUCUUUACUCCCUCCAUUGCCCCAAAAGUGUCCCUUGACAUGUCACUUCUUUUAUAUAUAUAUAUGAAUGUUGCUGAAGAGGACAAGACAGAAGAGUGUGAGACGUGGGUAUAACAUGAUGGUUAUUUCCUGAGACAAUAUACUUUGAAACAUUGUGAAAAGGAUAGAACAUUUUAACUUCAGUAUUACAAAAUGUGUGAAGGAUAUUUGUGUUGCUUCUGAAACUAUUACUGGAAGCCUUCAAGUCAUGUUUAUUGGCCCACAACAAGUCUUUGUCCUAUAAGACGGUAUCAAGUUUUAGGUUCUGCAAAAAAGAAACAAAUAUUAAAUGUCUGCACUAUUCAUUCAUUCAAGUGACAAUUUUUGCUGGUGCAUGGUCUUUCACAAUAGACUGCCAUUACAAAAUGUUGAAUAAACCUACUCACCAAAAACGACUCAUAACUUUACUAUUGGUAACAUUUCCAAAUUGGGAUUGUAGUAACUAUUUGUAAGGUCAGAUGGUUCAUUGUAAUAUGAGGCUACAUUACCUUUGCAAAUAAGCUUAAACUGUUUUAAGAACUUAGAAGUCUGUUUUAGUUAAUUAUACUACAGUUUACCAUGCCAAUGUGGAGGAAACAUCACUUUAAGAAAUGAAUUACCUUUCUAACCCUUUGAACUCCGACUGUGCUCAAUUGUUAUUUUGGCUUUUCAAUGUUCUUUUUUCCCAAUUGUAUAUGUGUAGAUUCAAAGUUUUUCAGUAGCAGCGUUGUACAGUAUUAACUUGCACACACAGACUGUAAUUGUAGCUUCAAAACAUCUAGUAAACCUACCCUCCCAGAUUGUGUAGAUGUUGUUUUACUUUUAUAUUUUGGAUUUUAUAUGAUGCUUUUGCAAUGCAUUGCCAACCUUGACUUGCAGAGGACUGUUCACUUACAUUACGUAUAUGUUAGUUGUCUCAGAUUCUAGUCAGCUUUACUGCUAAUAUUUUGGAUGUUCAUUGUUUUAAUAAAAAAUUAUACUGAAAAUCA